AUGGACAGCAUGUUCUCCCACAGCUACGAACCGUUGCCCAAGGCAGAUGCUGAUGGAGACAGCGAUGUGACCGUCACAAGCCGUCAAGCCCGCAGCGGCCUAUCGGGCUUCUUGAAGAGAAACCUUGCCGCAAUUACUAUCACCGGACUUCUGGCAGUGUUGAUGCUUCUCGUCGUCGCCGUCAUUGCAGCAAUCACGGUGGAACCCUUCCGUCAGCUCAUUGUCAUGAAAGGCCCCUUAGCAAGUACAUUCACCGGACACAGUGGUAAAGCUGUCUACCCCAUCGAGCCCAAUGGCCAGCGACAAUGUCUCCACACAAAGCCACGAAUCACAUAUUCGUGUGGAAACUCCACCGCCGAAGCCGAAGAACGCGGCUGCGACUAUGACCCGCUUGCCGGCUGCUGGCUUCACAAGGAAUGCCCCCGAGACUUCACGCAUGAAUUCGCCACCUUCAACAAUGGAAAGCCAUUUGUGUACUAUUAUGAUGAAGGCAUGACCCAAAAGAUGAAAGACUACGAUGAGCUCGGUCGCAAUCCUGAUCAUUACUGGACCUCGAUUCGCGAGCACUUGGUUCAUUGUCUCUAUCUUCUUCGCAGGGGUCAUGAUGUCCACAUGAGGGGAGAUCGCCUUGAUAGUAUGCUUGGGGAUCUGGAGCAUGUUGACCAUUGUACUGAGAUGUUGGCUGACUGGCUGCGGAGAGAUGACCCCGUGUUGGAACAUGUGGGCACUUCGGGACACACUCAUUGCUUCAUGUCUUGUACCUGA